UUGGAAGAAGCUAACCUUCUAUGUAGAUAAUAAACAAAUAAAACACUAGUGGCUACUUUGUGACUUUAUCACUUUUGCUUGUUGCUAUUUCCAGUCGUUGCCAUUACAAUCAACAAGUCAGUGAUGUUAUUAUUUUAAAUUAUGCUUUCAACUAUAAUCCAGUCUUCCUGGCAGCAACAACACCACCACCACCACCACCAACAACAACAGAUUGUGUGCGUUAAGGCUGGAUAAACACACACACACACACACACACACACUCAGUGGCAUAACAACUUUGUCAAACUUAACAACAAUAUCACAUACACAUUAUUACUAUAUCAGUUGGAAGCAGUUCGAAGUUACAUAAGACAAGUUUUAAUUAAUGAAUUGGUAGCUUUGAAAAAAAGAAGAAAGAACAAGACUUUUAUAUAUUUUUCAUGCAAAUAUUUCUUUGAGUAAAUUCAAAGUGUUUAAAAAAAAACAUAGUGUGUGAUGUUUUUGCAAGUCUAUUUAUGAAAACAACCUGCAAGCAUUUUUGAAACAGUUUAUUCACCAAGUGGCAGCAGCUAAAGAUUUUACUGGAAUUCAAUUUAUGUAAGGCUUUAAACAUGUCUAGGAUGGCUUCUUCUUCUCUCUGCACAUGUCAACUACAAUUUAUAUAAUUCAUAAAUGGUGUUGUCGAAUUGAUAAAACUUCAAGUCCAAAUGUGUUGUUACCAGCAAUAUGGUAGUCCAUUUGAUAUGAAAUAUUGUGUAAAAGAUGGACCGCCGCCACUGUAUAAGACUUGCUGCAUUUUCCAAAAGUACCGCAAAUGUCGGACUGGUCAUUUGGAAUUGCACAAUAAGAUGUUAAAUAACUUUGCCACAGAUUUGGAUAUUCUGCUGAGCGACCUUUCUCAGUCUUGUCCUGUCUCCAACCCACCAAAUUUUUCUCCUCUAAAACUGGGUGCAUCAAAAAAGGAUAUUAGUCAUUUGCAGGAAACUCAUUAUGACCGCUGUCCUGAUAUUACAGAGAUCAGUUCGAAUAACUGCAGGAUAACACCAAUUUCUAUAGAGCAGGAGACUCGACCAAUCAGCUUCUGGGAGCGCCUUGAGAAAAGCCGUUCUAUCUGGUGCCUGCCAGAUAUUGGUCGUAUUGGUGCUGUUCAUCUUCUCAAGGAUGGAAUUCCUGGGAUGUUUAUUGUACGGCAAUCAACUCAAAAAAGCUCAAUGGCUCUGUCUGUUCACUUGUCGCAGUCAGAUGGACCUGUUGUAGAACAUUACUUGAUAGAGAAUUACAGUGACUCUCCACAUCUGCAAGGCUCGGACAAAACGUUUAACAAUGUGCCUGAACUUAUCUAUAAUUACUGUAAAAACUUGGAAGACCUCCCCCAGUUGUUGGUGCUACCUGAUCCAAUUCUCAAAGCUGAAACAUCACAGCAACUUACUUCAUUAGCUUUGUUAGGCCAAGCUUUCUGGACCUCGGACAUUAUGAAGAAAUCUAUAUCUGCUCAGAAAAAUAAAUCUGAGAAAUGUAGUCUCCACAAGUCUUUGAGUGAGCCAACAAGUAUGUCGUCGAAAGCAUUGAAUGGAAACAAGUUGGGCCAAGUGCCACCACACAAUUCAACGAACACAAUUCCCGCUGGAAGCACUGGUAUCAGACUUACAGCUAACCAUAAAACGAAACCUUUGACUAAUUACAAAAGCAAAUCUAAUUGCCCUAAUGCAGGAUGUUGCAAGUCAAAGUCCAAAACAUCAUGUUCAGAUUCUCAUCUCGUAACAUCAUGCAUCUCCAAGACAAACCAGCAACAACAUUCUGAUGGCAGUAGUAGAGAAGGUAGUGUUGUUGACAUGAAAGUUCACCGUUCACAUACACAUCCACAAAUCAAUACUUUAAAUUUACCACAGACUGAACUUCAAUCAGGUCCUGCCAUUGAUCAUCUUUCUGUCCCCCAAUACUUUCAUAGUAACUUGUCAGAUAAACUUAGUGAUUAUGAAGAUGUUUGGAAAAAUUCUCCAUCAGUUAAAAGUGCAGAUAUUGAUGGUUCCAGAAUGUUCAGUGAUUCAGAAGCAGAAAAUAACUGUACGCUAUACAUCCCUAAAAAAAAUGCAGAUUCACAGACUGAACAAUUAUCUGUGAGCCUGAUUGGCUGUGUUAGUUCUGAAAAGCAAAGAGAAGAUCUGUAUGCAAAAUCUUCACAUGAUGUAAGCUUCAAACAUCAGAAAGCAAUUGAAGAUUUGUACAGUAAAUCAGCUCAUGAUAUUAGUUAUAAGUUUAAAAAAGCUUCCAGUCCAGAUAAUUGUCGAAAUCCUACCAGCAAAAUGCAGCACAGUGCUGUUACAUGGCCAUCUCAAUCUACUUCAUCUUCUCAUGUUGAAGGUCGUAUCACCCGACGAGGCUCUACAGGUCAAACUGUACAAUAUUCUAACAAGUGUUCAUUGAUAGAAACUUGCCCAAAAGCUGUCGAGCUUCAGAAGAGAAAUUCUUUACAAGAUGAACUGAGUUGUGAUGUGGCAGACAUAGCAAAGUGCAAUGUAAACAUGACUGGUUCUGUGAUCUCUUGUGAGAAGACAGAUCAACCAAUGAACAAAUUCUCUGAAAAGACAAAACCCCCGCCCUUACAUAAUGUACCAUAUGUUCAAAAAUCUUCCGAUGGAAAGACCAAAAGUCCUGUCUACACUGAGCCCUUUGACUCUAUAGGGGUCAAUUCAGUGAUAUUCCCACCUGUAAGCUCUGCAAACAAACAAGUUUAUGGACAGAAAUCCACACUACACAACUGUCGGGAACGACGUAAAAAUCGUAUCUCACAUCAACCCACAUUAGAAACUAUUUAUUCACCUUCAGUUACACCAAAUACCACCAUUUUUUCUUUUGAUAAAUACAAGAUCAAAAAUGGUAAAACUUCAAGUGAUAUGAACAAUAAUGCUAACCAAAGUUUACAAAUGCCUUGUUACUAUAGUCAGAAUGAAAACCACAAAAAAACAGAUAAAAUUGAGCUCAAAUACAGUGAUAAGGGUUCAUUACAUAAUAUGUGUUCAAAAGUUGCUGAUAACAUAUUACUAACGAUGAACGUGCAUGAGAGUAAGUCAAAUAGUCAGACAUUGCAUAAAUUCCCUGUGAAUCCCAAAAUCCCUGCUAAAGAUAUGGAGUCAAAUUUCUCCACCUUAGAAGAUUUGAUAUCUCCCCAACUGACAUUAAAACCCAUGGAACAACCAAAUCUGAUCAUUUCCUCUAAGACAUCCGAAUAUGAUAAUCUAAACCAAUAUCGAGCUGUAUCUCUUGUCAGUGAUGCAGGAACGGUUUUCUCGAAACCAUGGGACAGUGAAAAAUGGGACAACAUUCUAAAAUGCGAUGAUCUUAGUGCUUUGCCUUUGGUUAACCCAUUCGAACGAAUUCAAGAAUGGCAAGAAUUAAGCCAAAAUUAUACUCAAAAUGCAAAAGAUAGCGCUAAUUUUCAGAACAGACAUAGCAUGACCUCAAGUUGUUCACAUGUUGAAGGUACACCUCUUCCAGACUCUGUGAAGGCUCAAAUGCUUGAACACAAAGUAAUGAAGGAACUUAUUGCCAAAGCAGAAGACAAAGAGAAACUACCAAUGUUAUCACCAAAUGAACCUUUUGACAAACACCUUCAAUUAACUCUAAACAAAAGUCCUGGAAUGAAUCUGAAAGAAUACGUUCUUCAUUUAGCAAGCAGUCCUGAUACUUUUGGCCUCCAAAUCAAGCAUUUUGUUGAAUGUACAAAGGAAAGUCAAGAAACCAACCCACGUUGUGUCAUGAGCAAUGUUCGGCAGUUUAUGACUGGAAUGAAAAACUAUCUGUUUCACAACAAUCAAAAAGGUUUAGACACACUGAUUAAGAGAGAAUCUAGUCGAGUGAGUUACUUCAUCAAUGCUAUUAUUGAGAGUUCUCUACACGAAAGUGUCAUUCUGCCUCUGAAGAAACAUAUCUAUCAACUGCUGGCUGCCGAUUACACUAAAAAUGGAAGUGUGGAAACUCUGUAUAAAAAUAUUGUCUAUGCUCGUACACGGCCCUUGAGUGACCUUGGUCUUCGGGGCAACUUAAGUCCACCAGGCAAAGAAGAUCUCCAGUUAAUCAGACAUCAUCUGACACAAAUCAAAUUAGCUUAUUCACCUGUGAAAAAGUUGGAAAACCUUCUGGCUGCAGCAUAUUGUAUUACCAACUGCUUAAAUAGUCAGUCUCUGGAUGGAAGAGGAAGUGGUUCCGUUCAGACUGAUGACUUUCUGCCAAUGUUGACCUAUGUGAUAGUUGAUGUGGGUCUCGUCACAGCUGAAAUAGAAGCCGAUUAUAUGUGGGGCCUACUUCAUAGUUCUCAGGUCACAGCUGAAGCUAGCUAUUAUCUCUCAACACUAAGCAGUGCUGUUCUCUUACUUAAGAUCUUCAAAGAAACACACCAAACAAAUUCUUCUAAUGGACAUCAGGGCCGGUUACCAAGUAUUAGUGAUAUGCAAGGCUUCCUUAAGGUAGCAUUUCCUGAUGAAUUUCGAGACAGCAUUAUUUGGAAGACACUGCCUAUUAGACCAAAUAUGACCACAAAAGAUGUUUGUGCCAUGAUUGCUCACAGAUUCCGAAUCACCAAUCCACAAGACUAUGGUUUAUUUAUUUUAGUAAAUGGACAAGAGAAAUUCUUGGCUGAGACCACUUGUCCACAGAAUAUAAAGAUGGAGAAUGCUGAUGUAAAACAGGAAUGUAUUUUUGCUUACAAGAGAAUUGCUGCCAAUAUAGCUUGGCCUCAUCACUGGCAAACAAGCUGAAAAAAAAUCCCCAAAAAAACUGGACUCUAUUUUUUGAUCUGAAAUUGUUUCACUUAAAUAUUGUCAGCAUCCAUAAUGGAGUGAUAGGCAUGGAAAGUUAUUAAUGUGUUUUAUACAACAGAAACUGGUGGUGGGGAUAUCAAUUCCCUUCAGUUUCUCUGGAGAUCUCCAUCAUGGAAACAGAAACAACUGACUCAUUGAGCUUCAAAGAAUUGUAUCAAUUCUAUAUUUCAUCUGCCUUUUCCUCCUGUAUUCCCCCCAAAUUGUCCAAAUAUCUGCCCCCUCUCCUCACUCGCCCUUUUAACAAAUAAGUCUUUCAUAAUAUUCCCUUAUUUUUGUUUUAAUUCCAAAGUGAAGUUUAAUAAAUGAAAUGGAUUGGUUAAUGGAAUUAAGGAAGGAGGAAGGAUUGUCAAUGAAGUUCCACUCCCCCUCCCUCAGUUGUAUCUUCUCUCAUAACAUACUCUCUUCAAAAUGGAGAAGCUGGUGUUUUAAAAUGGCCAUCCAGCUGUAAAACGAUAUGCCAAACACCACAGUCUGCAAUUUACCAUUAUCCAAUCUAUGGAAAUAUUUGUAACAAUAAAAAUAGAAAAAAUGGUUUCAAAACCAUGAAAAAAUACAAAGAAA